GCUCUCGGCGCUGUGUGCCGGCACCUGCCGGGCUGCGGGGCGGGGCGCUGCGGGGCGGGUGGCGGGGCGGGCCCGGCUGAGGCCUGCGGAGCCGCGGCCUGGCGUAGCGGGGCAGGCCGGGCGCCCCCUCCCCGCCGGCGGCUGUCAGAGAAGGGGUGGAGCGCGGCCUCGCGGCGCUGUGCGAACCUCCGGCGCCUCGGCCCUGCGCUGCGGGGCCAGAACCUCCGGCUGUCACCGGGUAACGGGGCUGUGACCUCAGCCCGCCCGCCUUGCCCGGGCGCCAGAGGCAGCAUGAGCGUGGCGGUCACGUUGGCAGAUCUGGCGGACAUCGCCUUUCGCACGCCCCAUGGCUGCAGUAUCAACGCUGGCGCCCUGCAGCUUCUCCUGCGCGGGCUCCUGGAGCACCUGCAGCUGCAGGAUGCUGCCACGAACCUCUCUGAGGAUGAGAGGGGCCUCCUGCAGCCUGAGGUCAGCGCAAAGCCCCGCAUCCUCCUCCAGCCAGGCCGCCCCAGUGGGCCCCUGGGUACCACAGAGCUGCAGAGCCAUGGGCAGGCCCCUAGCACACCGGCCGCUGACACAGAGCAGAUGGUGCAGCUGACGAAGAGGAUGGAGGUGAUCGAGGAGGGGAUGACGAAGGUCGUAGACACACUGCAGGAGAUGCUCACCAACACCUGCUCCCUGAAGACCACCAUCCAGGCCUUCCAGGAGGAGCUGCAGCUCCUGAAGGACAGUUUCCAGAAGACUGGUCUGGAGGAGCUGCGAGAGCGGGCAGUACAGCAGGACGAGCACACCCACCUCCUGCAGAGCAUCCUGGGCCAAAUGGCGGAGGUGCGGCAGCAGCUGAGCUCCUUCCCCUGGCAGACUGGAGUGCUGUGCUCGCUCUGCAGGCUGCCUGCUGGUGAGAAGCUCUCCAGCCAGGAGCUCAUCCCUGAGGCCUCACAGGAGCCAGCCCUCGAGGCCCCACACAGGGUGAGCCGGCUGUCAGAGCAACACGAGGGCAUCGAGACCUGCAUCACCUGCAGUAAGAGUGUGUUCCAGCAGCACGGUUGCCUGGGGACCUCAGAGGAUGUGGCCAUCCAACUGGAGAAGAUGCAGGAAGAAGGGCCAGAUUUUGGCAGGGAGGUGCUGAACCAUGUGGGACAGCUGCAAGAGCAGUGCACAAGACUCCAGGAGACUGCAGAGCAGCUGUGGGGUGACUCCAAGGACACCCAGAAAGCAGAUGAGACUGUGCUGGAGACCAAAGUAAACCAGGAUGAGUUGCAACGUACCAUGGCCCAGCUGAGUGAGAUGAUGCAGGACUUGCUGCAGAGGAUGUCCCUGCAUGGCCAGGACAGGCAUAAAGCCCCAAGGCUCAUCAGAGAGAUGAACUCCAAGGCACAGCAGCAGCAGGCUUGGAGGCUUGGCAAGCAGUGCCACUGCCAGGGACCUUACUUUGACGCCAGCGGUGCCAAUGGCCUCAACAGGCACCUCUUUGAUCCCAUGAAGUGCAUCUCCUGCGACAGACCUCUGGCCACAGCCCCAAAGCCGACCUUGGUGACAGUCCGGAAAGCCAACCUGCACCUCCAGUCCCAUCAGGCCAGUGCUGGUGGCUCCAACUGCCUGGCACAGCAGCUGCCAGGGAGGGAGACCGAAGGGAGCAACCACAUCAGCCAGGGCCCCACAGCUCCUGCCAGGCCACCGUCCGCCUCUGGCUCCCUCGCUACCAUCUGUCCCUUCAGAGUCCCCACAGACCUCACCUACAAGAAUGGUCAAGUGGAUAUUUUGGGCAUUGAUGGAAUCAUCUACAAGGGCAGGCUAAACACGCAGGCCACCAACGGGAUCGCUGCUCAGGGCAGGGACUUGCCAGGCACAAAAUCCCCCCAGCCCUCUGCCCAGCGCGCCACGGACAAGGUGCGCCGCAACUCCAAGUAUGGCAGCCAAUACGUGUCCCCGUACUCCUGUGCUGCCAUGCGGGCAAGGACGGUCUCCUCUGUGGGUCGGUGGCAGGCCUCUGCAGGUGGCAGCAGGAUGGCAGGGGUCUGAGCUGGCUGCGGGUGGUGUGAGUGUACAGCAAGGGGCUUCAGGGAUUGGAGGGGUGGGGGCCACGCUGCCCCAGCCUCUCCUUCCCCCUCAAAGCCUCUCAUCACAGCAGGGUAACACCAUAUGCCAUAAAGAUCUCUCGAAUAUGCUGCUUGGGCUCUAGGCUCUGUGUGGUUCCUGAGCGUACAGGGCAUCCUGGGGGAGGACCUGCAGGGGUCCUGGUGCAGCCCCGAGGACUGGGCAGUGCACGUGGUUCCUGCCCCACUGCAGCCCCAGCUGAGCAUGUGCUGCUCUCCCCACAGCCCCUUGAGAUGUUUCCCCAUGGGGAAGCUUCUGGAUUGUGCUGAGUCCCUGUGAGCACUGUGACCAGUCCAGGUCCCUUGUUAGCCCUGGGCUGGUGUACAUCUCCUACAAAGACAGGCUGAGGAAGCUGGGCUUGUUCAGCCUGGGGAGGAGAAGGCUCCGGAGAGACCUCACUGCAGCCUUUCAGUAUAUAAAGGGAGCUUAUAAGAAUGAUGGACUUUUAUGAGGCUCUGUAGUGACAAGGAGCAGCAGUUUUAAACUAAAAGAGGAGAGAUUUAGAUGGGAUAUAGGAAAGAAAUUAGUCACUAAGAGGGCAGUGAUGCCCUGCCCA